AUGAAUCAAUCUAAUAUAUUUCGUUUUGAACAUUUACCAAAUGAAUUAAUUAUUUAUUUAUUUAAAUAUUUUCAUGCUGAAGAACUCUUUCGAUGUUUUUAUAAUUUAAAUAAUCGUUUUAAUAAAUUAAUUAAAUUGAUUAAUUAUCUUUGUUUAAUUAUUUCACAAAAUAAUCAAUAUCAAAUCAAAAAUUUUCAUAUAUUUUCUUCUUAUUUAUAUACAUUAAUUAUUAAUGAAUAUCUUAUUUUUGGUCAUGAAGCAAUUCGACGAAUUGAAGGAUGGCAACAAUUAGUAAUAUUACGCGUUUUGAAAAUUGGAUAUAUUGAAUUAUUGAUUUUUCAAACAAUUCUAUCGGUAUGUCCGAAUUUAAAUUAUUUUGAUUUAGGUAUUAUUAUUCAAAGUCAAUUAUUUUCAGAAAUUAAAUCACAUAUAAAUUUAAAACAAUUAAUAUUAAGAACUUCAUAUAAUGAUUUAUCUAAAAAUGAGAAUAUGUUGAUUUUUAAGAAUAUAUUUUUAUGUUUACCUAAUUUAGAAAAAUUAAGUAUUCAUCGAAAUGAUAAUAUAUCAAUAAUUAAAAAAUAUUCUUAA